AUGAUUGUUGAUAAAGAUGAUGUUGUUCAUGGAGAAGGAGAUGAUGAUGAAGAGACAAAUACAGAGGAUAUGGAUAUGUCUAAAGAGGAGACAAGAAAUCCAGAUGUCCUUGUGAGCACAUCUAAUGUGGAUACAAACAUCGUGAACUAUGAAACACCUUCUACAUCUAUUCCUAAGUCGACAUCAACUGUUCCACAUAAGGAUGAUAAGGAAGAAGAUUUUGGUUUUGGAGAUCUUACUUUUAAUCCUGAUGAGGAGGAUAUUGCAGAUGAAGCUAUAAUGUUAGGAAAACAAUACAAUAUCCUGAAGUACAAGAUGAAUAUGAUCUUUUAA